UAAGAAACUCGUUUUCCGUUUUCUGCUUCCUCCCUUUGGCGCGAACUGUCAUGUGAUAGCCCACGCUUAUCGCUCGCUAAUCGCGUGACGCGUGGAUAAAAUUCUCGCGUACGUCGCGCGCGCGACGAAGACGGAUAUUCGUCCGUUCGCGCGUUACCCGCGCAUCAUGAGUUUAUUUCCCAUUGUUGUUUGUUGUCGUCAUAGUCAUUGCCGCAAGCAAAAUGCCCGCUCCGCUCCUUUAUUUAUUCAUUACGACUUGGUACGCGUGCCGCUCACGUUGCGUGCGGAGAUACAUAGCUCGCUCGUUUUGUCGCCGACUGAGCGCCGCACCAGGUCAAUCCGCAGUUACCUAUACCAGUCUUUGUCUAUAUUUGUACCGCGGACUGGGGUGGACGGUCAACGCGCUAUUGAAUAAGAAGCAAAAAAAACAAACUGGGGAAAAUUUAAUUAUCGCAGGCUCUAUUGGCGUGCGCAAACGGAAUCGAUUUUUCGCUCGAACGCACAACGCGGUUUCUUCUCGAUGUAAACACGCGAUAAAAAUGUCUAGCAUGCGAUACGUUUGGAAUUUCAUUCGGAGUGCGUUUGUUUUGUUAAACAUGAGAUUAAUUUUUUUUUGAGUGCGCCUACAAACAAAGAGAUCGUUUACUGAUGUUCUCGACCGGUUCUUAUUGCGUCUCGAGGUAACAACAAUAACUCGAAACUAUCGGAUUACGUGGUGGAAGUUGAUUUUCGUCGGCGUGAUCAAGGAGAAAUAUACGAUGACCAGGAUUUGUUUUAACGGCGAGUUCCGUGUCAUAGUUCCUGCGCUUUAUAGGAAUAAGGAUGUCGAAGCGGCUGAGUUUCUAUGGUCUGGUAGGCCUGGCGUCCAUCUGCAUCUUCUUCCUAGCAUUUAAUCAGCGCUACAGCAGCUACCUCGAGCAUCGACUGCAGCCGAUGAUAUCGGUCAGUAAAAAUUCGGAGGAUGUUGAGAUAAGGCCACGGACCACGAAAAUUCAAGAAUCAGUAACGGUAAGCCAGGCAUAUUUUACAGGAUCCACAGAAAAUGGUACUAUCAUUGAAAUUCAAGAAGUGGUCGAUCAGCAAAGAAGAGCGAUCAGAAGGGAGAUGGAAAAUUAUGAGUAUCCAAAUGGACGAUAUAAGAUCAAUGUCAGCAAACUCGAAGAUUUAGUGAUGGAAAUGGGCGGAAAGCCUAUAAGAAGCGUAAUUCUAACGAGUUGGAGAAGCGGCAGCACGUUUCUCGGGGACGUGGUAAACGCGCAUCCAGCGAAUUUUUAUCAUUACGAGCCGUUGCUCGAUUACGGAAUUGUGCAGAUUCGCGAACCGCCGCUUGCCGACGAGUCCUUGACGAGAAUCGUCUCUCUGCUGAAUUGUGAAUACAAAGAGCUUGACCGGUACCUGAAUUAUGGAAAAACACAUCCUUGGGUGUUCAAUCACAACACGCAUUUGUGGAAGCAGUGCCAGGCGCAUAAACGUAUCUGUUGGGAUCCACGUUUCGUUAACAAAUUUUGUCGGCUCUUUCCGUUUCAGUCGAUGAAGCUCGUGCGACUGAGGUUGCGUGCGGCAAAGCAGCUCUUGGCUGACGAAGAACUAGGAGUGCGAUUGGUUCUGCUCGUCCGCGACCCGAGAGGUAUUCUGCAAUCCAGAAAGCACAGGGAAUGGUGUCCUGCCAAACCUGACUGUUCUGAUCCGGCUCUAGUUUGCGCCGAUAUGGUGUCAGAUUUUAGCGCGGCAGUGGAAUUCUCGAAAAAGUAUCCGCAUACUUUCAGAGUAGUGCGCUACGAGGAUUUGUCUGUGGAUCCUUACAAACAUGUAAAAGAACUUUACGAUUUUUACGGAUUGAACUUUCACGCAAAUGUGAAGAGAUUUUUGGAUACGCAUACGAAAAACGAUGUAGGCGGCGUGUCGAGCACCUUCCGUAACUCUAAAGCCGCGCCGUUCCAUUGGAGAGCCGACCUGGACUUCGAAGAGGUGCGCGAAAUACAGGAGGUUUGUGCGACCGCUAUGCAAUUGUGGGGGUAUGUGAUGGCCUUCAAUUCCACUCAUCAAAAAGACUUCGAUCCCAUCACGAAUUACCAGCUCCGUUUAUGACAACCGGAUAGGUGAUAUGCUCAAUGUAGAUAUGUAUGUAUAGAGCGUAAAGCGCGACAGUCGAUAAUGUCGUAGUUCUAAAUAUAAAUAUUCAGCGAACAGGUGCUAGCGGUCACACUCAGGAAAAUAAUAAAGGAGAAUAAAUUGUCAACUUAAUCGAAAAAAAAAAAAAAAACUAGAAAACGCCAAAGUGUCCAACUAUGCAAAACUAGUGUAAAGAGAUUUUUUCAAAACGAGAAGUAAGUAAAACUGAGAUUUGUCUACAAUUCUGAAUUAUACAAUUUAAAGCAAAAUAUUAGAAAUAAAAAACUUGCGUCUCUAAGAACUUGAUGUGUGACAAAAAUAACGUCUAACGAUAUAGACGCAAACGUUACAAGCGCAUUGAAGUUAUGGCUGAGCAACAUUAUAGUCUUUCAAGAUGGUGUUUUGUACAUUUAAUGCAUUACACUUAUCAAUAGUACGUUUAAUUAUCACAAACUAAUGAGAUCUGCAGAGAGAUCAUCGCAGAAUAAAAAUGUAAUUUUUGCAGUUUUUUUUUUCACAUCAAAAGAUUUUUUAUAUAAGAUUAAUACACAUAAAACACAAUAACGAUAAUAAAAAUCUCGAAAUAUUUUAAAUGAACGACGUUGAAAAACUUUAUAUCACACAAUCUGGUGGAGAAAUUUCCGCCAGAUGACGUUUAAUGUGAUUCAUAAAACGGUACGAGAUACGUUUGCAGUAUCAAUUGACGCAUUUGACUGAGAAGUGGAAUAUUCAAUGUAAUUGUCCCUUGCUCAUGUAUGGUCAUUACUAUAUUUAAGAAAACCAGUCACGCGGUGUAUGUCAAGGAUGUGGAAAGAAUAUGUGAGAGUUCAUUCCAUCGGCCUUCGGCACGGCCGACGGCGAAUUAUUAAAAGUACACAUAGACACUUGCUCACUCGCGCGUGUAAUUUUUAUAAAUAUACGACGCAGUCGUAUGUAGCACUGCACCUACCUUUAGAUAAGAUAGAAGUUUUUAUUAUGAGCUAUUUGUUUGGCUGCGGUUUACACUAAGCUGAAAGAAUAUUUUUUUUGAAUCUUUACGCUGUUAUAUCUUGGGAUAACUUGACCGACUGGCUUGUAUAUUGCAUUGUAUUAUAGUGUAAUUACGUUACAUUAUACAUUUAGUUACUCGGGACUGUGGUGUACUUCUGAAGUCCUUGUGUUAUACACCAAGCUCUAGAUUGCAGUUUGUAUCUUUAACUUUAAUCGAUCAGGUUUCAUCGCGGAAAUUGUUCAAGUUCGCGCAUCAUGGACAUUAUUAUAUUCUCUAAUCUGUUUUUUUAUUUCGCGAUGAAUCAAGUUUUCAAAGAUUGAAUUAUAUUAAUUUUUGUCAUUUGUUGUCAUUCGUAUGUAUAUACAGUUCUGUACAAAGUAACUUGUACUCUCAAGCGUGAAAUUAAGACGAGUCGUAAAAUUUUUACAAAUACAAAUUCGCAAUAAUAAUAUACAAAUGGUUGGCGACUCGUUGCUUGAGAUCAACAAAAGAUUGGAGAUCGUAUCUUUGUGCAAUUUCGCGCAAGUUGUUAUGUUCUCGCGGAAUGAGUGAUCUAGUCCAAGAGAAACGUGUAUUAUUCGCAUUUUGUACCUUCGAUGUAACGUAAAGGUUCCAAUAAAAAAACAAAUCAUAUUUCUAUGAA